AUGGACCAAUAUGAUACCCAGCCCAAUACAACGCCUCCGUCACAACCACAACCCAACGCUCGUGCCGUCGCUGGCUCGCGGCGAUACCGCUCCAAGUCGCAACGGCCAUGCGACCUGUGCCGCGCUCGCAAGGUGCUCUGCAACAUCCCGGAGCCCGGGCAGCCAUGCCAGCUCUGCGAACGGACAUCGCGGCUCUGCACUUUUGUAGGCAAUCCGGGGAAGAAGCAACGCGAUAGAGCUUCUCGAGCACAGAGCGGGGGCACACCUCCGAUGGUUCCUCCGGUGGCUCCCCCGGGAAGGGAGUCUGUGGCUUUUACCGAUACUAUCCAAGUUUCAGGGCAGCCGGUUGAUGACAGUAGACACCAGGAAAUGCUGGGAAUAACAGGUGGACAUGUCCAAGCUGACCAAGUCGCAGGCGAGGACCUGCCUCGUCUCGACACAAUCAUCUCGGAUGCUAUAUGGUCGAACCAUGGAGGAAUGGACUGGGACCUCUCGAUGAACCACACGGCCUUACCAAGUAUUGAGAAUAGUGACAGGGCUUUUCAAUUUCUUGCAGACGGCCAGUUGCCAGAUCUCGGACCUCUUGAGGGUGACAGCCCCGCAGACGAUCUGCAAAACGUGGAAGCCAUGAAUCGAAUGUCGACAGAAACGCCAGCGAGUCCCAGCGUACCAUUGCAAAGACUCUCUCUUGACCAAAGGCCCGAUCACUUCACCCAGAUCAUCGGGUAUUCAAAUGAGUCGGAUCCUUUCGGUCUCGAGCACUUCCCGUACAAUGACCAGGAGGAAGUCGAUUUCUUCCGAGUCACCUACCGUAGGUUCUCAGCGAGGAGCGGCGAAGUACCCGGAUACCCUCCGCUCCACUUCCUACAGAGCCAGACUGAGACGGCCAUCGAAGCGCGCAGAGUCAUUGACGAGUGCAUGUCGGCGAAUGAUGAUCGAGCGAAUCUCGAGAAACUCGUCGACAAAACUGCAGGCGUUGCCCUGGUGAAACUAUACUUUCGCUUCAUCUUUGAGUCUCUACCCAUCCUUUCCCGAUCACUGGUGCUGCAAGACAUAGAAGCCUUUGUAGCAGAGGCCCCUACCGGACUUCUUGCAGGCAUAUACGCAUUGGCUUCGCCCUUCACAGCCUGGGAUGAGAAGCUGUGUCUUAGUAGCGCUUACUCCAAACCAAGCAUCGAUGCUCUCUGGAAGAUCUCGUACACUUGCCUUCAAAGAGAGCUACACUUCCCCAGACUAUCGACCAUUCAAAUCUUCAUCCUACUCAUCAACCACAUGCCCUUCGACACAGCUGUGGUGGAGAGCCCGUUUUUCUGGUCGCUUGCAGCGUCCAUGCUUGCCAUGGCGCAGGCGCUGGGCUUGAAUGUUGACCCGACGGGAUGGAACCUGCCGCCGUGGGAGAUUCGACUGAGAAGGCGGCUAUGGUGGACUGUUGUUGUUGAGCAUACUUGGCGAUCCAUCACUCAUGGCAGAUCAUCGAUGCUGCAUGACGACGAUUGGGACGUUUCGCCCCCGACUCCUGACGAUUUUGUUAUUGAUGCAAAUAUUGGCCCUCUGCACGAUACUGGCCAUCAAGACCCUGACUAUUUCAUACACAUGUGCUCGUUGACAGGUAUUUCAAUGAGUGUAUGUCGACGAUUUUUCUCUCUACGUGCCGUGUCCCGGCCACAAACACUAGACACUCUGAUCGAACAGGCCCGUGGCCCCCGUCAGAAACUACUCGACUGGCUGGAGAAUCUCCCCGAGUCUCUUCACAUCCAGCCCGCGGCAGACGACGCCGAGGCAGACGACUCGGUCAAGAGCCACGCCUCACUCUACGUCGCCUACUACACAACACACAUCCUAGUUCUCCGCGCUCUCCUGCGCCCCAUUAUCAACAGCAGCAUCCACCUAGACCAUCUCCAGCCGUCUGUAGGGACCGUGCUGCAAGCUUCCCGCGGUCUUGUGCAGACCAUCAUCAAGUUCAUCCGCAGCCUCGAUGCAAGCCACCAGUCGGCGUUUUGGCCAUCGUACACAAGACACUGUCUAUCAUAUCCUGGACUCUUCUGCUACAUGCUGUGUUCGCAGCAGAGGGAGCCACAUAUGGCAUCGUUCGACCAGAAUCUCCUUGCUACGUGGCGGAGGACUCUGCGAAUGAGGGUGCAGUCGUGGCCGUUGUUGCGGUUUGGGACUGUCAAGGUGGAUGCUCUCUACUGGAAGAAACUCCAUUAG